AUGCACAGCAGCACGCGCAGUUGGAAGUCGAGUGCGCUCGCGAGCAGAUGAGAAGAGAAGAGAAAAGGAGGGCUGCGUAAAGUGACCAGUGGAGUUGUCCUUCUAGCUGACGUUCUAUAUCUUUCUAAACCUUUUAGAAUAACGAUAUAGGUUUUAUUGUUCCAGUUUUUGAGUCACAUUAGAAUACGUUUGGCAUUGUACAAGGAGAGCGCAUGAUGGAGCCUCCAACAGUAACUGUUAAUGAUUUUUUCGAACAGUAUCAUUCAAUUCUCCACAACUCAAGCUUUAUGGAGGAACCAGCAGGACUUCAGUCCAACUGGAGCGAGGGCAGCGAGCCGAAGGCGGUGAGAGGCAGCAGUGCGGUCGCUAUCGCUGUGUGCAUCACUGCGCUGUAUUCAAUCAUUUGCGUGGUGGGACUGUUUGGAAAUAUUCUGGUUAUGUACGGUGUGGUCAGGUACACAAAGAUGAAGACAGCUACCAACAUUUACAUCUUUAAUCUGGCUUUGGCCGAUGCAUUAGCCACCAGUACUCUACCCUUCCAGAGUGCCAAAUACCUCAUGGGCACCUGGCCAUUCGGUGAGCUGUUGUGCAAAGUGGUCAUGGCUAUUGACUACUACAACAUGUUUACCAGUAUUUUCACAUUGACGAUGAUGAGUGUGGACCGUUACAUUGCCGUGUGCCAUCCAGUGAGAGCCCUGGACUUCCGCACACCUGUCAAAGCAAAGAUCAUCAACAUCUGCAUUUGGAUUCUGUCCUCUGCUGUCGGCAUCCCAGUCAUGUAUAUGGCCGUUACAUUUACAGAUAAAGGCAAAACGAUCUGCAUGUUGAAAUUCCCAGACUCAAAUUUUCAGUAUUGGGAUACUGUGACCAAGAUCUGUGUUUUCAUUUUUGCCUUUGUGGUUCCCGUCUUGGUCAUCACCAUCUGUUAUGGUCUAAUGAUCUUUCGCCUUAAGAGUGUGCGCUUGUUGUCUGGCUCCAAAGAGAAGGACAGGAACCUCCGGCGUAUUACCCGCAUGGUAUUGGUGGUGGUUGCAGCCUUCAUCAUCUGCUGGACCCCUAUCCAUAUCUUCAUCAUCGUCAGGACUGUGGUGGAGAUCAACAACAAGAAUCUGCUCAUAGCCACCUGCUGGCACCUGUGUAUUGCUCUUGGCUACAUGAACAGCAGCCUCAAUCCGGUCUUGUACGCAUUCCUGGAUGAAAACUUCAAGAGGUGCUUCAGAGAAUUCUGUGUGCCCUUUCGUUCCCGCAUGAAGCACAGCAGCUUUUCAAGAGCUCGUAGCGCCACGAGAGAGCCCAUCUCAGUGUGUGCCAAGUCUGAUUCAAUAAAGCAGCCCACAUGACUAGACCUGGACCAGAUGCCUCCUGGGACGCAACCAAGGACACAAAAAGACCUGCAGUCUGAGAUAACCCAGUUCUCCACCACUGAGUUUUAAACUCCUGUGAAAUUAAUCUAAGUUGGCGACAAGCUUGUAUACAGAAAGGCAAAAUACUGGUUCGUUUGUAGGAAGAUAAUCUGCAAAAUGUUUUCCAAAGUGAGGAAAUUAGAUCAUUUGGACCAUCAAGAUUCUAAUCAUGCAGUGGGAAAAACAAAAAAUGUGGCCUUGGAAUAGUCAACAGGAAAUCUGCAUUCAUUAAUGGUAUGUGAGCCAUCAAAGUGGAUUCCCGUAAUUGGAUUUUUAAAUAAAAGUGAAUGUGUGUCCCUGGGAUUUGUGGGAUCUUGUUACUGAAAUACAUUAUUACUGGGGCCAAACGAUGUACUGAACACACAAAUUCAGUUCCUCAAACAACAAAAUAAGUCGUAAGAUGGAAGUUUCAUUCAAAGGGACAAAAAUGCUCACUUUUCACAGAACAAUGAAAAUGUACAGAAGUCUUUUUUCACACCAUAAUGAAAGGAUUUCAUUAAAUCUGAGAAGAAAGAUAUAUGGAGAAAGAGAUGUGUCGGAUACAGAGAAUGGACCAAAAUUUCAUGGUUUGCAGGAUGACAGAAUACUUUCUUCAGGAUCGCUGUUAAAAUACACUGUUAUAAACUCUUGACACAAUGUUCAUUUCAUGGUGCUUGAGAAGGUGUAAUGUUGUGCUAUACUGAAGGUGUUUGAUAACCUUUGAGUGUACAGCAUUUAGACAUAGUCUGAGUCUAUCACGUAGAUAUUUUCUUAGUUAUUUGUCAUGAAGUAUUUAGUGCAACAAUUCUUGCAUUUCAUUGCUAUUAGUGCAGAAUGGCUGUUUGUUGACCUUCUUCAAAUCCACAUCUAAAAUUUUAUUUUGUGAUAUUAGCGUCUUAUUCUAAACGUCAGCUUUGCUGUAAAACGAGUUUAGUUUCUUGAGCUGUUAUAAACAAACUUUUUCCAGUCAGGAAAUGUGUUUAUGUAUUAGCAGUGAGUAUUUCUUUUCUGUAGAACCUGUAUAUACUUUUGCAAAAUGGUUGCAUAUUUCCUCAUGAAUCAAAUUUUUAUGGAUGCAUGGCAAUUAGACGUCACCAUUGUUUAUCUGAACUGUCAGUGUGAAAGCUAAAGUAACCUAUUACCAUUUUUCUGUAGAUUGCAUGGGUGUUGGGGGGGAAAAAACAAUUUUCACUUCCCACAUGAUGAGUGUGCCUUAGUAUCUAAAAUAUACAUUCAUCAUCUCAUAUAUUGAAUGGCUUAUCAUUCAAUAUAUGAUAUGAUGAAUGUAUAUUUUAGAUAUAUUGAAUGAUAGGCCUGUCACUCUUCUUAAAGCUGUUUUAAAGAUUUAAAUUUUGUUUGGAAAAAAUUAAACACAAAAGCCCUAAAAAAGCUGUUUUUCCACUGGUACUUGUAAAGGUUUUGCAUAAUCUCUUCAGCAGACAACCUAUAGACCCCUUUUUGCAAUAUAUUGGAUAAGUGCUUUGAGUAAAGUAGCUGGAGCCUUCUAGUGCGUGUAUGCUAAAAUCCACACCAAAAAAUUGAUGCAUUUGAUGUGGAAAAGUGUUUGGGAACCAAAUGUUAGGGUCUAAGCAGACGUACCGUACGCACUUUCCUUCGUGGCAGAGAGUCUGAGAACUGUAGAUAUUUGAAAAUGUAAAGAUUAGGCUACCUAUUAUGCAAAAAUCACUUUUACAAAGUGUUUGAACAUAAAAAUGUGUUGGCAGUGUGUGUAAACCAAAUACGGUUCACUUCUAUUACUCAUGAAUGGGAGAAACUGCAACACGCAGUAUGGCGGAAUACAUCCCACCUUCUAAGAAAAAAGCCAAUCACUGAUUGGUAAAGUCAUUACAUCACUGCAGCUGCCGUUAGAAGCCCCGGUUCCCAGAGAAACUUGAGACCAUAGACUGUAGGCUUGUAGCGUUGCAAAUAUGGCCGCAGAGUGAACAGAUUUUCCUUGACACGAACUUUGGCAUAAACACCCACUAUGGAUACAGGUCCACCCACUCCUUUUAAUUAAUCCCCAUAAAUCAUAAGCAGUGUCUCAGAACACGGCGUUUGCAGAUCCUGGGCAAAGUGAUGUCACUUUGUACAGGCCCCGCCCACAACUGCUGACAGACUCUGCCAUAUUAGCAUAGACCUGCCCUGAGCGAGGAGUACACUGUCAGUACCAACUGUUGGUGAUCCAGUCUCCGGAGCCAUACUGGUUACAGCAGUAAUGAAUGGGAGAGCAAAUAUUUUAUUGCAGUUCAGUUGCAUCUGAGAUGUUUACAUGUAUUAAGUUUACCAGUUUAUUGAGCAACCCCCGAAAAGGCAUAAGGUCUGUAUAUAUUUGUUUACUGUUAGUCAUAACGAGUUGUUUUGUGUAAUUCGCUGUGUAUGUUUAUGGGUAAGAAUUUAAUGCGCACUUCUUGUACUGUGUUCUAUUCAACUCUUACGGUGAUUUUCUGCAGGUGAAAACAGAUGCUUCAUUUUUUGUGUGAUAUACAAUAAACUCAUGCAGCAUAUA